CCUUGAAACACAAAAAAAAAAUCAAGAACCAACAAGAAAAUGGAAGAAGAAAUAUAUUUCCCUGACACCGAUCUUGAUCUCAGCUUCACAUCCACCGUCACCGACCGCACAUUCGCCUCCUCAAGCGGUCGGUCCAGCCUAACCCUAAGCUUCAAUGACAGGCUCUCCACUUCCUCAGCCGUUACAACCUCAUCCACAUCCUCCUCAACCAUCAACCACCGUCGCCAAGAUCCUCACUGGUCGGCAAUCAAAUCAGCUAAGCUCCUCUCCUCCGACGGAAACAUCCACCUUCGCCACCUGAAACUAAUACGCCACCUCGGCACUGGAAACCUCGGCCGCGUCUUCCUAUGCAACCUCCGUGACUCCUCCGCAAGAUUCGCCCUAAAAGUCAUCGACCGUAACAACCUAACCACGGCCAAGAAGCUAUCUCAGGUCGAGACGGAGGCAGAGAUCCUCUCUUUGCUAGACCACCCUUUCCUCCCUACACUCCACGCUCGUAUCGAUGAGUCUCACUACACGUGCCUCCUCAUCGAUUACGCUCCCAACGGAGACUUACAUUCCUUGCUACGCAAGCAACCUGGUAACCGUUUACCGCUUCAGCCGGUUAGAUUCUUCGCCGCCGAAGUUCUCGUCGCCUUAGAGUACCUCCACGCGAUGGGAAUCGUGUACCGAGAUCUUAAACCGGAAAACGUUUUGCUCCGAGAGGACGGACACGUCAUGCUAUCGGACUUCGACCUAUGUUUCAAAUCCGACGUUGUCCCCACUUUUAAAUCUCGCCGCUACCGGAGAACAUCCUCUUCGCCAUCGCUUCGCCGGCGGCGAAGCGGUUGCUUCUCUGCCGCACCGGCCGAGGAGAAGUACGAGAGGGAGGAGAUCGUUUCAGAGUUUACUGCGGAGCCAGUGACGGCGUUUUCACGUUCUUGCGUCGGAACACAUGAGUAUCUUGCGCCGGAGCUAGUCUCCGGCAACGGACACGGAAGCGGAGUAGACUGGUGGGCGUUCGGAAUAUUCCUCUACGAGCUAUUAUACGGAACGACGCCGUUUAAAGGAGAUAGUAAAGAGCAAACACUGCGCAACAUAGUGUCGACCACUAAGACCGUGAGGUUCCACGUGGACAGUGACUUGGAUGAAGCUAGGGACUUGAUUGAGAAGCUUUUGGUUAAGGACCCGAAGAAGAGGCUAGGAUGCGCCAGGGGUGCGCAAGAUAUCAAACGGCAUCCGUUCUUCGACGGGAUCAAGUGGCCGUUGAUUAGGCAUUAUAAGCCACCGGAGGAAGUUAGAGGGCUUGUGAUCAAGAAGUCGACGAGAGCACAUGCUGGUCACGUGACUGCCGUUACGCCGCGACGGAGGAAGUCGUUUUUGUGGAGGGCGUUGUCUUAUAUACUGCGCGGUAAAAGCUCUAGUGGUGGGAGUAAAAAUCAGAGCAAUAGUAAUUAUUAUCAUUAUGUAGGGAAAAGCUACGCGAGUCGCAAACGCGUUUAAGGCUGUCUCACGUUUUAUGUUUGCUUUCUUCAAUUUUCUUAUACGAGUUUAGAGGUAAAUCAAUACAAACAUUGAGGGUGUAUAUGUGUGUGUAUACAAUAGGAUGUUCAACGAUUUUGUAUAUGGAAAUUAUACCAGACUGAAUACUAUUUUGUCA